AUGAUGCGUAGUCGCCACUGGUCACUGCUCUUCUUCCAUGCCAUCAUCAUUACGCUGAACUGCAUCAGCGGUGCUAUUGAUCAACAAAUUGAUGUUUCGAUGGUUUGUAAGCCAGGAUAUCGGGUAUUCGGAAUUCAACGUCCACCGCUUUUCAACGGAAAAUUAAGCUCUUUGACAGUACAGUGUGAGCUUAUCGAACCGGAUGCGCCAAAGAAUUCUUGCAUCAACGAUCGUCUUAAUCAGCCAAGCGAUAAAUUUGAACAUGGUAUUGCCGGCGACCUGGUGUACAGAGGAGUGCAAUGCUGGCACCAGUAUAAUGCCAAUAACACCCUGUUCGAUUUGAUUUGGAAAAUGGAAAUUUGUCCAUUCAGAUCGCCGUUGAAAAAUUCACACAGACCCCAAGGCUGUCCGGAGUGCGAAUGUGACUGCGGUAAAGCCCGAUGCACCGAUGGCAGUUAUCCGGCCAAGUUGAUCCAUAAAUAUCCUCAGACUCAAUCAUGCCAGUGCAGAUGUGACUGCACCGUCAUUUGCUAA